GUCAGAGCCUGAGCUGAGGCAGAUUUUGGUUCCCCAGUUAUUACCUGGGCUCUAAAAGAGUGUGUGGUUGAGUGUGGCAGGUGGGGGACCUCCACCUGCCGAAUGAACCCUGUUAGCAUCGGGCAGUACCAUGGGCUACGAGUGGGCUCAGCCCUGUUUGCCAUUGUUGCCGGCUGCAUCAUCAUCGGGGUGUCCAGGGAAUGUGAUGCUGAUGCUGUAGGAGGAAUUUUCCUGGGAGCUGGAGGCCUCGGCUUGCUCAUUUCAGUCUACCCCUUCAUAAAAGCUUGGCUGAAUAUCAACAACAUCCUGCCAUCUUUUGGAAACUUCAGAGUUCACCCCACUGUGGCUAAUGCUGAUCAACCAGCUGAGACACUGAGACGAGAGGGCACUCAGAGUCAACUCCAACUGGAGCGCUCAAAGAGUCGAAUGGGAACCUUCGUGGAGGGAGGACCAGCUGCCGAGCCCAAUCCAGAGGAGGGUUCUGUCACACACUGACACCCACCACAUAGCCUUCAUUGCCACCAUGACUCAUGCAUUGGUCUGUUGCAGGACUUCUUCAGACAUGCCAGAUGUCUUAUCGAGACGGAAAAUGAAACAGUCACCCACUGCUCAAGACCUUCCGUGAUGUCAUCGUGUCACAUGACUCCACCAACAGCUCUCCCCGGCAGCAGUAUUCUUUGUACAACUGUUGUUAAAGCUCAACUGCAGAUUACUGUUCCCUCUUUUUAUAUAAAUUAUGUGGUCUAAUAAACCUACAAAAACUAAA